CUGACUCAUUGCCUUCUCGAUCUUCGUACGAAGCAGUAGUAGUAGUACUAGUCGACUAGGAACCAAAACAAAUUGUUGUUGACCAACUGAGCUUUACGGAUUGUGGUAGUCGAGUUUGUCCUUGUCCGACUUGCGGGUGGUGCUACAGACUGUACUCUUUAGUUUUUUAAUAAAUUAAAGUAUUUCGGGGGUGUGUACGUGCAUAAGUGUGUGGUAGACAGUAUUGUUCGAUUUAGGGGAACUGUGAGGUAUGACAGCCUGAUGACAAUUCGGAAUUCGUACGUUGGUGCUGCUCAAACGAACUGUGAUAACGUUUUGGGUUCGGGAGAUUUUAAGAUGAAUCAAACAUGCAAAGUCUGUGGUGAACCAGCGGCUGGAUUCCAUUUUGGAGCUUUUACUUGCGAAGGAUGCAAGUCAUUCUUCGGCCGAUCCUACAACAACAUCAACUCCAUAAACGAUUGCAAAAACAACAACAAAUGCGUUAUUAAUAAGAAGAAUCGGACAGCAUGUAAAGCGUGUCGUCUGCGAAAAUGUGUCCUGGUGGGAAUGUCCAAGAGCGGUUCAAGAUAUGGUAGGCGAUCCAACUGGUUCAAAAUCCACUGUUUACUACAAGAACAACAACAAAAACAGAUGCAAGAGAGCGGCGAAGACCAAAAUGGUUCAGAACUGAUGCCUCCUCAAAUGACGCCACCCCCCAAUGGUCAUCAUCCACAGAUGGGAAUGAGAAUGAUGAAUUCCAACCAUUUUUCACCCUCUUUGUUACAUCACAUGUCCAACAUACCCAGGACGAGAGAAGAAUUAAUGCUGCUUGGACUUGAGGAAGGUUUCAGACACUCGGCUUCGCCAUCAGUUAGUAGUCCCGAAUCCCAUAACUCAGAUUCAUCAGUAGAAAUACCCGAUGUUAGAAGAAUCCCUUAUAUACCUGGACUACUGCCUCCGACAUUCCUUCCACCUCCAGGACUACUAUUUCCUCCAGGCUAUCCGCCAUUUUAUCCUGGUCUCCUACAGCCCGCUCCUCCACUUAAUCACCCAAAUAACAAUAAUAACAACAAUGAAAAAUUAGCAAGAAACAAUAACCCUGUGGAAACAAAGGUGAAGCGAGAAUAUCUGGAUGCUGUUUUGCAACUUCAGCGGCAAACCACUACACAUCAAGAAGACCCUGAUGAUGAAGACGAGGAGGUUGAUGUGAAAACACCAGUGCCAACACCGAGCCUUAGUCCGAUUCAAGAUACUCCAAUUGACCUCAGUAUGAGAACAAUUAGUGAAAGAGGGUCUUCUCCAGCUAGGUCAGAAAUGACCUCAGAUAGAGGACAUGGCAGUGAGGGGGAUGAGGAGAGUGACUGCGAUUUGGAGGCGAAUGGGUUGAAGAGGGUUCAGUUGAUUAGUCCAGCACCCUUAAAUUUAACAACGAAAGCUUAAAAGAACUGGAGCUUUUGGUGUAUAGGUAAUUUUGCUAAUAGAGGUGCUGAAAGGAGAAAUUAAGUCUCAAUAUAAAAGAUGCUCAAUUAUAAAAAAAGUGAAACAAUUCAGGAUACGAGCAAUUUGUAAAUAUAUGUAUAUAAUUUAAGUUAUGAAAAAAUACAAUCACAAAAUAGUGAUAUUAGUAUUAGUAUACACAUGCUCUUUUAGUGAAUUUUGAGGCCAGUAGUACUUCAUUUUCUUAGUCAUAUUCGGGGCGUCCUAAAAUCGUGUUCAUAUUUUGUUUGAUAUGUAUAUUUUAUUUUAUUAGUAUAUUUGUUUUGUUUUUAUUAAUUUUAGCUACAACGGACCCCCUGACUUGUUUAUUUAUUUAACACAUGUACAUUUGUAGCGUUUGUAACUGAUGCAGUGCAAUUAUUUAUUAUUCUUUUAAUUUCAGUACUAGAAAUUCUUAGGGAACUAUCACUUUAGCUAAGGGCAUUGUUUUUUUUUUUAUGUAGGAUUACCUGUAAAUAACUAUUUUAUAUAAAAUUGAAAUAUUAAUAAAUAUUUUGUUACAAUUUUUUUUGAAUGUAAUGAGUGAUUCUUGUCUGAAUUUCGGGGACUAGGGCCAGUUAAGUGUUCAAUGAAUGAAUGCGUAUUUGUAUUUUUGAUACAUUUUUUGUGUUAAAAAAUAAAAAUAUACAAAGGUU